GUCGAUUGCUUCGAAGUAUGGCGUAUAAUUUUUCAAUUACAUUUCGUUGAAAUAAUAUUCAUACCAAAAAUAGUUCAUUACAAAUUGGAAAAAUGGUGUUGAAUUAUUCUGUAUCAGCAGUAUGUACCUGCAUCUCAUCUUCGAACCAUUCAAAUAAACAAACCGAUGACCUGGAGAAACCAUCAUCAUGCGAACCAAAUUCACCGAAGGAAGAAUCUUCACAAGACUACGAUCCCCACUCGUACGGCAAUCAACAACAUCCCACCUAUUUCUGGGGCACGUUAUGCAACAUGUUUAAAACCAUCAUCGGAACUGGUAUGUUAGCUUUGCCAUUCGCUUUCAGAAGCGUCGGAUACGGCGUCGCAAUCGUCGGUAUUUUUUUAGGAGGCUGUAUUUAUCUACACGUUUUACAUCUGUUAAUGGAGGUCGAAUACGAACUCUGCAAGAAACUCAAGACUCCUAAUCUAACAUACCUGGAUAUUCUCACAAAUAUUUUCGAGCAAGGACCACCCAGUGUUCGUAAAUUCAUCCCUGUCGCUAAAUUCCUGACUUAUUUCCAUUAUGUUUUCAACAAAUGUAUUUCUAAUUCCAUAUUCUUGAUCACAAUCGGUGGAAACUUGCAGAUUAUCGUCAAUCAUUACUGCGAUGCUAAUUUAUCCAUCGUGUCUGCAAUCAGCGCUAUGAUGGUAGUGAUAAUACCACUGGCUUUGAUCCGCAAUUUGAAAUUCCUAGCACCUCUUUCGAUCAUGACCAGCACGUUUUGUAUCAUCAACAUAGUUCUAAUCCUGUCCAUUCCUACGGAUUACGACAGUUCCUCGGAACUCAAAGCGAUCACAGAUAUCACCAAGUUCCCCGAUUUUUUCGGCUUGUCUUUGGGAGCUUUUAUGUGUACGUCGAUAGUGGUGCCAUUGAAGAACGACAUGAAGUAUCCGAAAACAUUCACCAGCUCUUUCGGCGUCAUCAACGUUACAUUAUCUGCUGUCGUACUGAUCUACUGUACAUUUGGAUUUUUGGGGUAUGUGAAAUACGGUGACAGCCUUCAAGGAAACAUUCUCUUCAAUUUACCUCCAGAUGGUCUGAUUACACUCGUUAUUCUGAAUCUGUACACGUUUGCUAUUUGCAACUCGUUUAUAUUAACUUUGUACUCGAUAUUCGAUACACUAUGGAGUAAUUUAUUCAAAGAUCGGAAAAUGAGCUAUCCGAUAAUGGCGGAGUACGUUUUAAGAAUUGUUCUGUGUAUGACUGCUUAUUGCAUCGCGGUUACUUUACCUGAUUUUAAAAUAAUGGCCAGCUUAGCAGGAGUUAUGGCGAUAUUAAUGGAGGAAACAAUGCCCAUCUUUUUUCAUAUUCUGAUGCUAGUCCAGAAGGAACAUAAAACUAUUAAAGUGUAUUUGUGCUUAUUGAAAGAUCUCGUACUCAUUUCUAUAUGUUCGUCGUUAUUUUUCGCUGCUUUAAUCGAAGUUAUUCGGAGUAUUGUUAAGUUUUAUAACUGAAUUUUGAAUAUACAUCAAAGGUGUU